UUCCAACUUGAAGGCUUCUUUCUUUGUCUGCAUUGUGUGUUUGUGUGUUUUUCCACCUAAUCUUCUUGGAUUUUCUUGGUUUUACUUCUCUUUACUGUCUCGUCUUGUUACACAGCCAGCGCCCGGAGCGCCUUUUCUAUUCUAUACAAACUCGUCUUCUGGUGUCUUGCUGUUAUCAUUUUCUAAUUGCCUCUUGACCACUGCUGCCGGACAUCUUCAUAUUCCAUACAAGACCAUUGCAACAAUGUCCAAGGUCUACCAUUCCGUGCCCUCGGAUGAGGAACGAAGCAGCGUAGAUGCAGAGAAGUCUAUGCUGACUUUCAGGCGCGAGAGGGGAUCUGUCGCCGGGCUUUUGGAGAAGGCCAGGGCUCACUGGGCUUGGAUCGGACAUGCCGUCUUGCUCUCAACAUCACUCACCCUCUUCACAUUAUCAUUAUGCAGGAGAGGGCCGCAACUUACAGACCGCACAGUCACCGAAAACUACUCGUCAUAUUCACCGGUUGCCCCAAUCGUCAAGUACGAAACAGUCCGAUACAACCUCACGCCCAUUGUGGAAGGGCCAUAUGUUGGAUUUGGGGAAGAGGUAGACAAGGCCUGGGAGCGCAUCACCCUGGACAUGGGUGACACGUGGAUGACCGAAGAGGAAGUUAAACGCCUGGGGCUCCCGCUGGACUCACUCAAGCUCAAGCACCCCAAGACCGGCAAGGAAGGCUAUCGUGCGGCCGUAGAGGUAUUUCACCAGCUUCACUGCCUCAACUUGAUCCGUCAGGCGAUCUACAAGGACUACUACAAGGACCUCAAGGGUGAUGUGGGCGAGGCUGAGAGCCCGGAGGACCUCACAGGGCAUGUCGACCACUGCAUCGAGACACUGCGGAUGAAUCUCAUGUGCCAGAGUGACAUUGGCAUGUUCACCUUCCGACUGUAUCCCGAGUACGGCUACGCCGACGACGACUAUUGGCCCGACUUCAGCACGUUGCACACGUGUAGGAACUUUGAGGAUAUCAGGCAGUGGGCAAUUGAUAAUACUGCGUCCUGGGAUCACAAUGUAUGAUUGAUUGGGCUAUCAAGAUCGAAGCAGAUUGGCAGAUGAAUAAACAAGACAGAAGAACCGAAACAGUAUAUGUUCCAAAGAAAGCGCCAACAAAACAAAUGAUGUGGUAAUUACAUGCUUCCACCACAUGAUCGAAAAAAGCUUAGUUGCG